AAGAAGUGAAAAACAUUAUUUAUCUGUCUCUUCCCGUUAUCAUUUCAUUCUUCUUCUUCGUCGGCGAAACUACAACAGACCAAUCACCGGCGACGGUCAUGUUGGCUUCCUUGACGAGCUGGUUGACGCCCAGCUCUCUAUUCCUUGUCCUCAACAUCGUCAUCGGCACUAUCCUCCUCAUUUCGCGUUUCACUUCCUCUAGACGACCACCGUACCACUACCACCAACCAGGACGAGAUUACGGUGCUCCGGCGCUGCUAGAGCGGGUCAAGUCCUUUGAUUUCUCCUUCUACAACUACAAGUAUGACCAUUUGAACCAUGAGGCCCCCUUAGUCCACCCGUCGGAGCCGCAGUACACUGCGCCGCCCCCGCUUGAGCGGACUCCUUCAUUCCUAGAGCGGGUCAAGUCCUUAGAUUUCUCCUUCUACAACUACAAGUAUGACCAUUUGAACCAUGAGGCCCCCUUAGUCCACCCGUCGGAGCCGCAGUACACUGCGCCGCCCCCGCUUGAGCGGACUCCUUCAUUCCUAGAGCGGGUCAAGUCCUUUGAUUUCUCCUUCUACAGGUACGACCAUUUGAACCAUGAGGCCCCCUUCGUCCACUUGUCGGAGCAGCAGCAUACUGCACCGCCGCCGCUUGAGCGGACUCCCUCAUUCCUGGAGCGGAUCAAGUCCAUCAACUUCUCUCUUUACAAUUUAGCUCCUUCAUACUCGGAAACCGAUUGUGUCUCACACCAGGAGCCGGAGUAUGAAGGUCCACAACCCCAUGCACCACAACUAAGCCGAACUCCGUCUUUCUUGGAGCGGGUGAAGUCGAUCGCCUCGUUUUGCAGAUCCAAUUCCAUAAAAGGAAACCCAGAAACAGAAUUCCCAACAGAACCCGAGACGGACUCCAGUACGGACAUGAUCCGAGAGCAUAGUCCAGUUCAUAGGAGUAAAUCGGAGGGCCAGGUGACUCAAACGAGGUUACCAGAGAAGGUAAAGAAGUCAGCGAGCGAGAAUUCGCGCCACAAAGAGGAUGACGAGGAGAUGGAGAGGCGACGACCGCAGACGGCGAGGAUGGAGAAAACGGCAUCGUUUGGAGAGAGCAGCGACGUGGAUGCAAAAGCCGAUCAUUUCAUCAAGAGUUUCAAACAACAACUCAAAUUGCAGAGGCUGGACUCUCUCCUUCGUUACAGGGAAAUGUUCAAGGGCAAGUAAUGUAAAUACGAAGUGGCUUGAUAUUCCCAUGUUGUGAUUUCCGUUCGUGGGUGUUUCGUGAAAAUUUUCAAGUAGGAUUUUGUGUAGGUAAGUGAAAAGUGGGGAGAAAUGCAGGCGACAGUGAAAGGUACGUAUGGUGGUGCACGAAGGAAGGAGACGAAGAUGGCCACGUCAGAGUCACCCCCUUUCCUUCUAGCGGAUUUAGCUAGUAUUGAUAGGUUAUGUUGUUAUUUCAUGUUCCCUCCUAGGGACAUUUCUGCGUUCGGAGUUUGUCUCUAGAAAAUUGAUGAGUGUUGGUCCUUUGCUUGAACGUUUUUUCGUAUCUUUUGGAAGUUACCUGUGUGGUAUUGUAGGGUCAUGUUUCUGCCAUUCUGUCACUCUAAUAUAAGUUGGUUUAUUUCGAUGACUAGCUGUUGCACCAAAAAAUAAAAAAUGACUAGUUCG